UGUACAUCCCACUAUGCUUUGCGAUGACGGUCUGACAAGUGGAUCCAAGAUGGCGUAGAAAGUAAAGCUAGACGGUUUGUCCCUAAGUCAUGGCGGACAGGAGAGCGGAGAAGUCAUGUGAAGAAGCCAGUAGAUCGUUAGCCAGGCGGGAGUACGAGGCGGCAGUCAGCCAUAGCACGGAUGCCCUGGUGGUCCUUGCACCCCAACCCCCAUCCUCCAGCAACCCCAUCCCGCUGAGCCCUCCAUCUCUUGUCGCCGCCGCCGGACCCCUCCGCAGCCGUGCCCUGCUCUACCGAAUUGCUGCCUUCUUGCAGCUGAAAAAUUAUGAUGAAGCAGAUGAAGACUGCAAACAUGUCCUGGCAGAAGAAAUUGCCAGGGGAGAUGGUUCACUACAGGCGAACUUGCGCUCCAUGCUGUUGGAUGGCAGCCUGCAGGAGGUGGCCAGCAUCCUGUCUAAAGCCUUGUAUGGAGAGCCAAUGAAUGGUAUUGUUGCAAAAGACCUGAGCAGAUUAAAAAUGCUCUUCUCUGAAAUAGAGGCUGUAAAAGGAGAGAUGGCACCAGAAUACACAGAUGACCAGGAUGAAGAGGUCCAAGAUGGCUGGCGGUUCCGACCACCUCCAAGAGGAGUCACGAGCAGUGAGGAGUACACCCUUUGUAAAAGGUACUUGGAGCAGGGCCUGUGUCGGUAUGGGGCCCAGUGUACAUCAGCUCAUUCGCAGGAGGAGCUUAUGGAGUGGCAGAAGCGCUAUGCUUCACGCCUCAUCCGCCUCAAACAACAGCAGGAGAGUAAACACUUCACCGAAAACUACAUGGAGACCUUAAUAGAGAAGUGGAUGAACUCCCUUUCUCCAGAGAAAGUGCUAAGUGACUGUUUAGAAGGAGUGAAUGUAGAGACCACCUCUAGCCUCUCUGUCACCGUCACCACCAAAAAAUCCUCCCACUCCUGGGUCUUCUCCUUGUUGUGCAAGCCGCCUAGAAAGCUGUACCGGAUUGCUCUCCUCUAUGAUGCCCACCGACCACACUUCUUCAUCACAGGCGUGUCAGCUGGAGAGCGGCUCCAAGGUGUUCCCAAAGGCUGCCAAGAGUGGACUCCAGGGGAGGAGACAGCAGUGGCAGCAGACAAUGGCCUGGACCACUGUGUCUACAAGGUCGCAGUGGGUUUCAGCACAGAGAUCUUUGGUACCUUCCGACAGACCAUUGUUUUUGACUUUGGUUCAGAACCUGUGCUAAUGCAGCGGAUCAUGGUGGAUGCUGCCUCUAUUGAAGAUCUGCUCUACAUAGAAGAGAUUGCACAGUACAAAGAAGUUAGCAAGUUUAACAUCAAGGUGAACCUGCAGCUCGUCACUAGCUUUAUGCUGACUGGCAUUUCUGUUGGAGCAAAGUAUGCUCAGAAUGGACAGCUUUUUGCACGUUUCAAACUCAAUGAAACACUUUCUGAGGACACACUGGCUGGGCGGCUAGUGAUGACCAAGGUAAAUUCAGUUCUGCUGCUACCUUUGGGCCGUGAAGCGAUCAACAGCCAGCCGCCUCCUGGAGUUAAAGAGCGUGUUUAUGAGGCUGUGAUUGAGGAGAAGACUAAGGAUUACAUCUUCCUAAGGAUCUGCAAGCACUGCUGUGAGGAACUUGGGCUGCUGCCUGACAGAGAACUACAGGUGGAGCUCCAGUUCCAGCUGAACAGACUGCCACUCUGUGAGAUGCAUUAUGCCCUGGAUCGCAUCAAAGAUAAUACUAUCCUUUUCCCUGAUGUUAGCCUUGUCCCUACUAUCCCCUGGAGUCCCAACAGGCAGUGGGAUGAGCAGUUGGAUCCUCGUCUGAAUGCCAAACAGAAAGAGGCCAUCCUGGCCAUCACCACACCCAUCUCUGUCCCUUUGCCCCCCAUUCUUAUCAUUGGGCCCUAUGGUACCGGCAAGACCUUCACCCUGGCACAGGCUGUAAAGCACAUCCUCCGCCAAGACCACAGCAGGGUCCUGAUCUGCACCCACUCCAACAGUGCGGCUGACCUUUACAUUAAGGACUACCUUCAUCCUUAUUUUGAAGCAGGCAAUCAGCAUGCCAGACCUCUCAGGGUAUACUUCAGGAACCGCUGGGUGAAGACGGUCCACCCAGUGGUCCAGCAGUACUGUCUCAUCUCCAGCACACAGAUCACUUUCCAGAUGCCCACAAGGGAGGACAUCCUCAGGCACCGCGUGGUGGUGGUCACCCUCAGCACCUCCCAGUACCUCUGCCAGCUUGACUUGGAGCCUGGUUUGUUCACUCAUAUCCUAUUGGAUGAAGCGGCCCAGGCCAUGGAGUGUGAAACCAUCAUGCCUUUUGCUCUAGCUAGCAAGACAACCCGCAUCGUGCUGGCUGGAGACCACAUGCAGCUCAGUCCAUUUGUGUACAGCGAGUUUGCACGGGAGCGCAACCUGCACGUGUCCCUGCUGGAUCGACUGUAUGAGCACUACCCCCCUGAAUUCCCCUGUCGUAUUCUCCUUUGUGAGAACUACCGCUCCCAUGAAGCUAUCAUCAACUACACGUCAGAAUUGUUCUAUGAUGGGAAGCUAAUGGCAAGUGGGAAGCAGCCCUCCCAUAAGGACUUCUACCCUCUGACCUUCUUCACAGCAAGAGGAGAAGAUGUCCAGGAGAAGAAUAGCACUGCCUACUACAACAAUGCUGAGGUAUUUGAGAUCGUGGAACGGGUGGAGGAGUUGCGCAAAAAGUGGCCAGUGGCCUGGGGGAAGCUGGAUGAAGGCAGCAUUGGGGUGGUGUCGCCAUAUGCUGACCAGGUGUUCCGCAUUCGUGCUGAGCUACGGAAGAAGAGAAUGCCUGAGGUCAGCGUGGAAAGAGUGCUCAAUGUCCAAGGUAAACAGUUCCGGGUGCUGUUCCUUAGCACGGUGCGUACACGGCAUACCUGCAAGCACAAGCAAACGGCCAUCAAGCGCAAAGAGCAGCUGGUUGAGGACUCGACAGAGGACCUUGACUAUGGUUUCCUGUCCAACUACAAGCUGUUGAAUACAGCCAUCACCAGAGCCCAGUCCUUGGUUGCAGUUGUGGGAGAUCCCAUCGCGCUAUGUUCUGUUGGGCGUUGCAGAAAAUUCUGGGAGCACUUUAUUUCCAUUUGCCAUGAAAACUCGAGCCUACAUGGCAUCACCUUCGAGCAGAUUAAGGCUCAGCUGGAGGCCCUGGAGCUCAAAAAGACCUAUGUCCUCAACCCAUUGGCGCCAGAGUUCAUCCCUCGUGCCCUUAGGCCCCUGCAAGGACACCAUUCGUCUUCACAGGCCCUCCAUCCCCACCAUCAUCCGCAUUCUCAGCAUGCACAGCCAGCCUCCAACAAGCAGGGCCCCCAACAGCAGCAACAGUCACCUCCUAAGGGUAAACAUGCAAACCACACAGAGCAUCUCCCACCUGAAGGAUAUGUCCAACCAAACCCAGCAGUGUUGAUGGGGAACCCUAUUCGGGCAUUCACACCACCUUUGGGUGGCACACCAGCUGGUAUGGGCAAGUCACCUAGUCCUGUGCAGAGGAUAGAUCCUCAUACAGGUGCCAGUAUCCUCUACGUUCCAGCUGUAUAUGGUGGAAACAUGGUCAUGCCCAUGCCCCUGCAUUUGCCCUGGCCAGGUUACCAGAAUCGCUUUGCUGUGGACCCUCGCAUCAUGGGUCAUCCAGCAGCCAUGGCUUACAACUUUAAUCUGCUGCAGCCACCAAAUAGAGGCUCCCCCAUUCCUUAUAGUGGGGUAGCACACCCCUCUCCUCUAGGACUAGCCCAGCCGAGCCCAGACAAAGAGCCUUCUGACCCCAUCAGAAAUGGUAAAUUAGAAGGAUGUUCAAAGUCAGAGCAGAAUCAUCUUCAGACACCAGAAAGAAAAACCACAGACAUGAAGGAAAAACAGGGAGAUUUAGACUCAGGCCAAAGUCGAAGUCUGGAUUCACAGACAGAAAGCCUAGUUGGAUUUCCAAAUCCUCUGCUCCACCGAAAAGACCCCUCAGCUGCCCAAAGACCUCUUAAUUUCCAACUUGCGCCACCUAGUACACCCUUUCCUUCAAAUCCAAUCAGUGGAAGAACCUUCCCCCAGCAGUAUUCAGUCACUAGGCUUCCUUAUCGGGUUAGCCAGCCUCAACACCCAGGGAUGGCCCAGCAAAAUCAGCAGCAGCAACAGCAGCUCAGUCCUGCCUACACUGGUGGAAGCCAUAAUGCGUCUUUUUUCAGUGGCCCUAUACCCACUCACAGACCUGUCCAGUCCCCGACUUUGAAUGGGCCAGACUCUGGAGGAGUAGAGGAGAUGAGUAGCUCUGUUAGGACUCCAAUGGGCCACCCAGGAGGCCACCACUCAGGCCUGUCACAGCAUAACAGGGUCAGCAGCUUUGGGGAUGAGGGACAGGAUGGAAACCCAGGAGAUGGUUUGGAUCUUCAGGGACCCUUGGCUCUAGAGGCCCUUAGCCAGCAGCAGGCAGCUAGGCUGGGCCAGUGGGGGGAGGCAGCAAGCCCUUUCAUCCAGGCCAGUGUUGCCUUUCCUCUGCCCCAACAGCUUGCCCACCUUGCUCAAUCCAACAUGGCUCGCUUCCCCCAUCAGCUGCUUCGGGCAGGUAACUGGGGCCUUAGUUCCAAUCUGGAUGAUGAAGCUGUUCCUUCUGCCUCGACCGGGCCAACUUUCAGCAGGUAUCCAGGUCUCUUGAGAGAGAUGGCUCCACAGGAACAGCCUGAGCCCAGGGAAGCAGUUGAGAUGCAGCCCCCACCUCAGUCUCGCCUCCUCCAGUAUCGCCAGUCCCAGCCCCGUGGCUCGGGUGACCCUUCAUCCUCUUUAGGUGCCAUUUCCAAUCAAGCUGGCCCUUUUCCAUCAGGACUCUACCCCCAUGACACAGGUCGGGAUCUACUGAACGAAAACCUUCUUAAUAGCCAAGGUCUGCAGCAGCACCCAGGGAAUCCCCUGUACAAUACUGGUAGCUUUCCACAUCAGCCACCAGCUCAAUCUGCCAGCCCCCCUCCUGCCCAGGUCAAAUACCUUCUGCAAGAGGCCCAGUGGCCCCAUGGUGGAGCUACAUCAGUGAGCCCACCACAGCAGAACCCUCUAAUGGGGAAUCAGGGCCACGGCCUUCCUUAUGGACUGCCCAUCAUGGCUCACCCUAGCAGGCAGGAGCAGGUUCACCUGAUGCAGCUUCACCAUCAACACCAGCAGCAGCAACAACAACAGCAGCAGCAGCAGCAGCAGCAGCAGCAACAACAACAACAGCAACAACAACAACAAAAUCAAGGUCCAGAUCAGGAGCCCUACCACCCAUUAUCCCCCAGAACAUCAGCAGCCACAGCACAUCACAAUGUAGAUGAGUAUGAACCCAGAGGUCCAGGGCGGCCUCUUUAUCAACGCCGUAUCUCGUCCACCUACCCAGAUGAAUCAUCUCCAGCCAACACCCACAAUACCCUGUCACAGCAAUCCCAGCCUUGUGCAUCAGAUACCCAGGACCACCCUCAUCCUCACAUACAGCAUCAUCAGCACCCACACGCCCCCUACAGCUAUCCUUCACAUGACCACCUCUGGCCAAGUAAUGGAGGCGGUCCGGGUCCGUUUCAGAACAUUCCAUGUAACGGAGCCGGCACACUCGCUCAGCAUCGGGACCUUCUAGCUUCCAAGGCCCUUCGUCAGGCAGAGGAGCAUGCAAAGGCAGAAGCCACAGGAACACAGCAGACACAUCCACACUCCCUCAACUCCCUUCAGCAUCAGUUUCCUCCUCUCAUGCCCAACAACAAGCAGCAGCAGCCCCAGCCUCCCACCGAGCCCAGCGAGGGGGCUCCAAAUUUAGGCAAACAGCCUACCAUGUCCUACGCGAGCGCUCUUCGCGCUCCACCUAAGCCCCGGGCAGUUCGGCCUGAACAGGUCAAGAAGAAUAGCGACCCCCUCUCCCUCCUACAAGAGCUGAGUAUAGGAAGUUCAAAUGGUAGCAAUGGGUACUAUUCCUAUUUUAAAUGAGUGUCACUUCUCCCACAUAAGUGAAUAAGUAAUAAUUAAAAAAAAAAAACAAAUAAAAAAAAAAACAAAUAAAAAAGAAAAUUAUAAAAAAGGUAAAAUCAUUUCUAAAAACACAAAAAUUGUGCAAAGUGCAUUUACAAGUUGUUUCUAUCAGUAGGUUGGUUUUAUGCAUUUUGUUUCAUUUAAACUUUUUAUUUUUAACAGUCAUUUUUUUCCUCCUAUUUCACAUAUCUGUGAAGAAAAUAAGUAUAUAUAAUGAAUGCAUUACUGGUAUAUAUACAUACUCAUUAUGUAUAUAUGAAUAUAUACUUAUAUUAUCUACACUUGUAUAUGUACGUAAUGCUAAAAAAAAAAAAAAAAGCAAAAAACAGACAUAAAAAAACAUAAAAAGCUCAAAAACAAUGGUGUCUGUUGGUUGACCACUUAGCUCCUGCUUGUAUUUUUCCUUAUUGAAGUUGUUUUGCGAAAUAAGUAUGUUUUUAUUAUUUUUUAUUCCUCAGUUUCGAGUGGACAUUACUUAUUGAUUUUCAUACUACUGUAGAUGUAAUGGACAUAAGCUAAGUGGUCAACUGACACAGAAACUACAUGGAACAGUGUAUAGAAGUAGAUAAAUUUUGCUCUAAUAUGUACAUAUAAAGAAAAAAUAAAAGACUGAAUCGUAUGCCACAGACAUGUCCUUAAAUUCCUGUAUCAUGCUAGAUUUGCAAUAUGAGUUUUAAAGUUUUGUUUUUCCUGUUUUUAGCUUCUGAUCUUUAAUUCUUAGACAUCCUUACCUGGGAAUCAUCUUCAGUCAUUUUUAGUAGAAAAUGUGAUUAUUUAUGGGGAAAAAAUGACAAAUAUCUAUUGCAUAUUUUAGCUUUUACCAGCUUCAACAUCAAAGCAGCAACAACUGUUUCAUUCCUCCUCUCUUUGCGUUAAAGAUCAGAGAACACCAUCCUUUUCAGUGAUAAGAUUAUCCUAGACUGCUUUGCUUGUGGCUGACACGCAGUUACAUGAAUUCUUUGUUGUUGUUGUUGUUGUUGGUUUUAUUUUAUUUUAUUUUAUUCUUUGUUUAAGACCGUCAUUGCAUCGUGGACUUACUUUGCAACUCUUGUCCAACAGUAUGACAUUGUUUCAGUAUAAUUACUGGAGUGAAAUGGUUUGUUUGUUUGUGUUUUGCUAUUGGACAGAGUUCUGUUUUUAUUGUGUUGUUUUGUUUGAAAAGGUUGCAGUACUCUGAAGGUUUGUGUAUGUGAAGAAAGGCCAGUGAGGUCAGAGUAGUGUGUCUAACAGGCAAACUGAGAAGAUCUAGAAUUGCAGUCAGAUGUUUUUGAACACACUAAAUUAUUGGUCUUACGUAUGUUGGAACUUAAGAGUAAACACCCUGAAAUGUUGUAGGUGUGACACCUUUUUUAUAUAUAUAUAUAUAUAUAUAUAUAUGCUUCUUUAUUUUCUUUAUAAUAACAAUGAAUAGAAAAUUGCCCAAAGUUGAUGAUAGACCUGUUAUGUUAACCUGAUCUCAGAUGAUUUGCCAGUUUCUUGCCACUUAGUUUUAGGCCAGAAUGUCCAAAGGUUUUGAAGUCCUUAGGAAUAAAUAUUACUUACAUCUUUUGUUGUUUUGUCGCAAACAUUGGUCAUUGAUCAUUUCCAGUUCUGCUCAAAGUCAGCAGCUUUUCCAUGAGCUGGGUAUUUUGGAAAUUCAGAGUAUGUAAUAUCAACCUUUUAAAACUGCGGAAAAGAAAAAUGAAGAGUAACAUAGAACUCGCUGUUCAGAAACCUUUGACUGUUUUGCUUUUAGGGUGUGAAUAUAAAGAAUGAAUCGGAAAUGUUGGGUUUGCUCCUCGUGGUUCACAGAUCCUUUUUAUUCAGAUUAGAUAUAUUAACGCUACUGCAGUAGACGCAUUUCAUUCUCUUUAAUCUAACUGAAAUUGCUCUGCUCGUGCUUUGCAUUUCACUACGACAACAUUUUUCUAUAUUUGUAACAUCUUAAUAAAUUACAGGAUGAAUCAUGCCGCUGAGUUACUCAAAAGGAGUUGACACACAAGAGAAAGACACACGUACGUGCACAUGAAUUUUACUUGAAACCCAGCUGAUUUGAGUCAUGUGGAAAUUAAGUAUAAAAAGAUGCUCGCACACUGUAUCUGCCUAUUUUAUUUAACAAAAAAAAAAAAAAAAA